AUGGACGCCCUGGACUGGCUAGCAAUGGUGGGCUCCCUGGGGGCUGCCAUCUGGGCAGGGUUCUGUCUCCGGACUCUCCUGCUGAGCGCCCUCGCCUUUCUGCUCUUUGUUGAUUUCCAAAAAAGGCGGCACCCGAAAAACUACCCGCCGGGACCCUGGCGCUUGCCUUUCUUUGGUAACUACUUUCAAAUGGACUUCAAACGGCAGCAUCUUGUAUGUCAGAAGUUUGUGAAGCAAUAUGGAAACCUCUUCAGCGUGGAUUUGGGAUAUGUUCCUUGCGUUGUUGUAAGUGGAUUGCCCUUAAUCAAAGAAGCCCUUGCCCACAAGGACCAAGCCAUUGUGAACCGCCCCAUGACUCCUAUCCGAGAACGCGUGUUUAACAAAUAUGGGUUGAUCAUGUCCAGCGGCCAGGUGUGGAAGGAACAAAGGAGGUUUGCCCUGACAACACUGAGGAACUUUGGUUUAGGGAAGAAGAACUUAGAAGAACACAUUCAGGAGGAGGCUCGCUGCCUUUGCGAGGCAAUAGAAGAGGAGAAAGGACAGCCUUUCAACCCUCACAGCAAGAUCACCAAUGCAGUUUCGAACAUCAUCUGCUCCAUCACCUUUGGGGAGCGCUUUGAGUAUCAGGACGCUCAGUUUCAGGAGCUGCUGAGGCUGCUGGAUGAAGUCACGUAUCUAGAAGGUCAACAUUUUUGCCAGCUCUACAAUGUGUUUCCAUGGAUAAUGAAGCUCCUUCCAGGACCUCACCAAACAUUAUUCAGAGGUUGGGAGAAAUUGAAAUUGUUUGUUUCUCAUUCAAUUGGAAAACACAAGGAAGACUGGGACCCUGAUAAACCGAGAGACUUCAUUGAUGCUUACCUGAAGGAAGUGGCAAAGUGUACAGGCAAUACUACUUCAAGUUUCCAUGAAGAAAAUCUCAUCUUCAGCACACUGGACCUCUUCUUUGCUGGAACAGAGACAAGUGCUACGGCGCUGCGCUGGGCUCUGCUUUACAUGGUCCUCUACCCAGAAAUCCAAGAGAAAGUACAAGCUGAGAUCGACAGAGUAAUUGGCCAGUCACAGUUUCCCACCACAGCCAACCGAGACCACAUGCCUUACACCAAUGCUGUCAUCCACGAGGUGCUCAGAAUGGGCAACAUCAUCCCCCUCAACGUGCCCAGAGAAGUGACUUUCGAUACCACGCUGGCUGGAUACCACCUGCCAAAGGGGACCGUAGUCCUAACCAACCUGACUGCACUGCACAGGGAACCCAUGGACUGGGCCACCCCAGACACAUUCAAUCCGGAGCAUUUUCUGGAGAAUGGACAGUUUAGGAAAAGAGAAGACUUUCUGCCCUUUUCGAUCGGAAAGCGGGCUUGCCUUGGAGAACAGUUGGCCAGAUCUGAGCUGUUUAUUUUCUUCACUUCCUUUUUACAAAAGUUUACCUUCAAGGCCCCCGCCAAUGAGAAGGUGACUCAGAAGUACAAAAUGGGCCUUACCUUUGCCCCUGCCAGCUACCGUCUCUGUGCUGUUCUUCGAGGGUGAUUCAUUCCUGCUGGCAAAAGCAUGGGGGAAGGGCUACAGGUGAUGUGGAGGGUGUUCUGAAGAAGGCAGAGCUGCUCAGAAGGGUGGGAACAGAACAAAGCAGCGCUGGAGAAGGAUCUCAGGAACCAGACUCAGAGGUCACGAAAUCCAAAUUCACUCCUACCCACCACCUCCUUUUUCUUCCCAAUGGAGCCUUACACAGACCAUUUACGUUCUCUAAGAAUCAAAGAAAAUAAUGGAUAUAAAGUGUUUAUAAACCAAGAAAUACAUCACUAAUGUGUUAGUCUGGGUGGACUAGAGAAACAAAUCCAUGGGCACACGUGUUUAAGAAAGAGGUUUAUGUACAAGAGGAAUUGCACACUGACAAAGCAUCCGACCCGGUCCAGUCCAAGUCCAUAAGUCCAAUAUUUGCCCAUAAGUCUGAUACCAAUCUAUAAAGUCCU